GCCGAAACAGGAAAACUGGUUUGUGGAUUGGUUAUUGACAAACGCGUGUUCAUCAGUUUAUUUAUGUUAUGUGAUGCAGUAGCGAUAAUACUAGCAUACAAUAAGCCAAAAUGUUCUCCAGGUUAAUUUUUCGAAGAGUGCAUCGUUGUAGUGACCUUCAAUCACCAAAAUCGCCAUCCGAGAAAUCUGCCGGUUUAGGUGUUGAGAAGGUCCAAGAUUUGUUGAACAAUGCAGCCACUUUCACCGACGCCCGGCCACAUAGCGAGCAGGAUUCAUGGGCAACUCUUCCUUACGUUGAAGGAACAUUCUACGGCCGAAACCAAGCGUUGAAAUCCUCGAAACCAAAAAUAGACCCACGUGAAACCUCUAUCAUCCUUUUCCCCGGUCAAGGGGCACAAUACGUGGGGAUGGCUUCAAGACUUCUGAAGUAUCCGGGAGCGCGAGAUAUCUUUGCUUUGGCCAAUCAGGUACUGGGCUAUGAUCUGCUGAAGAUUUGCGUGGAAGGACCAAAAAGCAAACUCGACCAAACCGUCUACUGCCAACCAGCGGUCAUGGUUUCCUCGCUGGCCGCUCUGGAACAGCUGAAGGAGGAACGUCCGAAUGCUAUCGAUAAUUGCUAUGCCACGGCGGGAUUCAGUUUGGGAGAAAUAACGGCUCUUGUGUUCGCAGGGGCACUUCCCUUCGACAGAGCCCUGAAAUUGGUGCAAAUCAGAGCGGAGGCAAUGCAGGUCGCAUGUCAACACCAUAAAAGUGGAAUGGCCACAUUGAUGUAUGGACCAGACGCACGAAUAGGGGAAGCAUGCAAAGAUGCAAUCGAUUGGUGUAUUCAGCGGGGCACAGAAAGCCCCGAAUGCAAGAUUUCUAACUAUUUGUAUCCCAGUUGCAAGGUAAUCGGCGGAAGCGAGGAGGCACUUAAGUUUUUGGAUGUAAAUAUGAAAAAGUACGGUAUAAAACGAAUCAAACGACUUCCGGUCAUCGGAGCAUUCCACACGGAGCUGAUGGAAUCAGCAGUCGAACCUUUUGCGAAAGCACUAAAGAAAAUUAAGAUCGAAGAUCCUAUCAUUAGCGUACAUUCAAAUGUCGACGGAAAACGCUACAGGAAUGCUAGUCACGUACUGAAUCAACUACCGAAACAGAUUGUUAGACCGGUUAAAUGGGAACAAACUUUACACAAUCUGUAUGAGAGGAGAAAUGGAGAACAUUUCCCACGAACCUUUGAAUGUGGACCAGGUCACGGACUUAAAGCAGUUUUGAAAAUGGUAAAUGCCAAAGCAUGGGAUUCAACUUUCAGUAUAGAAGCCUAAUCGAUGACAUGUUGCUACCCCUAAAAUAAAACAAAAUCCAUUUUUGUAACAUAUAUUUCGGUGUUGUAAAAAAAUAUUGCUACAAUUCGUAUUGUAGACUAUGC